UUGGAAAUCCACCACAUGUUUUCUGGAGCUGGAAAGCAGCCGCCGCCAGGGGGCGCUGAAGGCGGCGUCUCCUCUCAUGACAGCUCUCGGCUCCUGCUGCUCCCAGGCUGGAUAGUUCUGUCCGAGCCUCGGCGAACUUCAAGCUCCUCAGCCCAAAGGAUCCGGCGGCAUGGGCUCUGACGGGGCGACACAGUGAUGGUGUAAGGACUCGGGGAGGCUCAGAGGUGCCUGCGCGGGGAAUGUUGCGCUGGUCGGUGCACCUGGAAGGAGGGCCGCGGAGAGUCAACCAUGCUGCUGUGGCGGUGGGCCACAAGGUUUACUCCUUCGGGGGCUACUGCUCCGGGGAGGACUACGAGACGCUGCGGCAGAUCGACGUGCACGUUUUCAACACAGUGUCGCUGCGCUGGAUGAAGUUGCCUCCGGUGAGGACGGGAGGACAGGAGCGCGCCCGCGAGGUGCCGUACAUGCGCUACGGCCACACGGCUGUGCUGCUGGAUGACACCAUCUACCUGUGGGGCGGGCGCAACGACACGGAGGGCGCCUGCAACGUGCUGUACGCCUUCGACGUCAAUACCCACCGCUGGUACACCCCCAAGAUUUCAGGGGCGGUUCCUGGAGCGCGGGACGGCCACUCCGCCUGUGUCUUAGGCAAGGCCAUGUAUAUAUUCGGAGGAUACGAGCAGCUGGCCGACUGCUUCUCCAACGACAUCCACAAGCUGGACACCACCACCAUGGUGUGGACCCUAAUAAAUGCCAGAGGCCCGCCGGCGCGAUGGAGAGACUUCCACUCAGCCACCAUCAUCGGGACGAAGAUGUUCGUGUUCGGAGGGAGGGCGGACCGCUUCGGACCCUUCCACUCCAACAACGAGAUCUACUGCAACAAGAUCAAAGUGUUCGACACGGAGACCAACUCCUGGCUGAGCAGCCCUUCAGCACAGCCUCUGCCUGAAGGCCGGCGGAGUCAUUCAGCCUUCACCUACAACGGGGAGCUCUACAUAUUCGGAGGCUACAACGCCCGCCUGGACCGACACUUCAACGACCUCUGGAAGUUCAAUCCAGAAGCUUUCUCCUGGAAGAAAGUGGAGCCGAAGGGGAAAGGCCCGUGUCCGAGGAGGCGUCAGUGCUGCUGUAUGGUCGGAGAGCGCAUCAUUCUUUUCGGCGGAACCAGGCCCCAAUUUGAAGACGUUAUGCAAAAUAGCUGUUAUUCAGUACAGUCUGGAGCAGUCAGGACUCCCACAUGAUAUCAGGUGGGAACUGGCAGCCAUGACGACCAACAGCAACAUCAGCAGGCCCAUCUUCUCCUCACAUGGUUGACACAGCUCACUCUGAACCAGAACCAGAACCAGAUCUCUUGUUUCCAGAAGGACUUCUACGUCACAUAACCUCCAACGGACAGUUUUGGAGCGGUCUGGAUCCUACGUAUUCUCUGGUUUCUACAAGCGAACUCUCACUACUGACCAAAUCAUCCUGCGUCAAGACUUCCUCUGACACCGUCGGCCUCGCUGCGUCCAAGAAUAUUUAAAUCCUUAAGACUCUAGUUGUGUGAGAUCAAUGUCGAACUUCUGUUUUUCUGUUCUAGCCUCUUUAGGAAUCCAAUCAGCCUAUGAUAAUCAUAGACUUUUUUUUAUUCUUAAGCACAGGAGGAGAAGAGAACUUCUGCCAAAGGUCUUGAGAGCUAACCUCCAACGAGGAUACCAUCAAGAUGUCAAACUCUGUGAAAAGACUGCAAAGUAAUAUAUUGUUAAAUGUUAAAUCUUCAUCUACAAACAUGACUGAUUGGUGAUGUUUGUGUUCGGAACAAGGAGGCAGCAUCUUCAGGACUAUAGUACGAGAGUGGUAGGCUUGUAAAAGUUCAUUUUUAAUCAUGUUUACUUCUAACAUGACGUGUCCCACUGCUGCCAGGUGUCUCUGACGUGUUUSUAUAAGGCAGACAAAGAAAGCCGCAAAACAAUCACGGCCAUCUACCUCCCUCUGAAGUAUUCACUCUUGGGUCUUUCGAUCAUCCCGAACAUUUGACGACCUAUUCCACAUAAAGAGAAGCGCAACUAACCUGSUGCAGAUGUUUGAGUUUUUUGUUUWUUUUUAACUGACGGGAAUCUUUCAAAUGAUUGGUCUAGUUUGUUCAGUCCAGUUUCAGAGACCAUCACUAAUAUGCAUAAAGUUGUUCCUGUUUUAUCGACAAUCGUUCAGCUUUCAGAGGAAACAUCUCUCGAUUGGUUUGUUCGUAGAGGCGAUAUAGGGCGUAGUUAUGUUUUUGUUUUUCUCUUUAAUUUUCAUAAAGAAGACCAAAAUGAA